CUUGAAUUUGUAGUCAAGAACAAAUAUGGCUUCUAAGCUUGGCCUACUCUUUGGUAUCCUUGUAAUUGCAUUUGUGAUGCAAUUUCAAACGGUUAUUGUUAUUGCUCAACCACAAGUCCCGUGUUACUUUAUAUUUGGUGGCUCGUUGGUCGAUAAUGGCAAUAACAAUAGACUCGUGACGACACAAAAAGCUAACUACCUCCCUUAUGGGAUUGAUUUUCCACAAGGUGCCACUGGUAGAUUCACCAAUGGUCGUACCAUCGCGGACCUCAUCGGUCAACGUUUAGGAUUUCCUGAAUUCAUUCCACCGUAUGCUACCGCAACUGAUAGAGAGAUCAGCACUGGCGUAAACUACGGUAGUGGUGGUGCUGGUAUUAGACUUGAAACUGGAAGAAAUCUGGGUGACCGAAUCAGCUUGGAUAGGCAACUACUUAAUCAUGCAACAAUAGUCUCGCGGCUUAAGCUCCUACAAGGCAACAUCACAUUUACAAAUGAAUACAUAAAUAAGUGCAUUUACUUGGUAAAUAUAGGAACCAACGAUUAUGUUAACAACUACUUGAUGCCCCAAAGUUACCUCACCGGCCGCAUAUACAACCCUGAUCAAUAUGCAGCAAUCCUCACUCAACAAUACUCGCAACAACUAACUACUUUAUACAAUUUGGGAGCUAGGAAAGUUGUUGUGUUUGGUUUGGGUCCGAUAGGGUGCACCCCUGCUCAGAUUGCAAGGGUUGGCACUAAUGGGAGACCAUGUGUCGAGUCGAUUAAUAAUAUCACUAUGUUGUUUAAUAACAGACUUAGGCCUCUUGUUGAUGAUCUCAACAAUAAUUUACGUGAUGCAAGGUUCACUUUCGUCAACGUUUCAGGCAUUGCUGCAAAUCGACUAGUCUUGCCAAAUGUACCUUGCUGUCAAAUACAAUCCAAUGGACUAUGUGUUCCAAAUUCCAUCCCUUGCCCUAAUAGGACUUCGACCGCUUGGUAUGACGGUUUUCAUCCAUCAGAAAUUUCAAACAGCCGUCUCGCAGCAAGAGCAUACAUAGCGCGCUCUCCCUUGGAUGUGUCUCCUAAUGAUAUCAGUACUUUGGCUCGACUUUAAGAUAUAGAGAUGUUGCAUUAAUAAAAUAAAUAAUGUUGUAUGACUUCACAUGGAAGAUAAAUA